AUGGCUUAUGGCUUUGAUUCUCCAGAGCCUUUUGUGAUUUUCCCUAAUGAGAGUUUAGACAUUGAGAGGUUUUCAGACUCGUUGAAACCGAAGAAGAGGACUAAUAAGAGUGGAUUUUUCUAUGAUUAUCUUCUUCUUAGACCUGAUAACUUCCCUAAACAACUUCUUGGAGAUGGGCAAAGAGAACGGCCUGCGAAGAGAGCUAAAUGGAGUAUGGAUGCAGAUUUGAAGAAAUUGGAUGUGUUUGAAAAGCUUGAAGCUAAGUUGAAGGCUGAAGGUAAGGAAGAGAACGAAGAAGAAGGAGAAGACGAAGUUGAGGAAUUAGAUGGAGAACAGUCUGAUAACGGAGAUUAUGAUCAGACUUUGAUGAUGACGACGAUGAUUAUAACCAGGCAUCCGAUGGCAAUCUUGAAGAUGUGUAUUAAGAAGCUUCUUCUUCCCAGAAGGAUCAAGUUUUGCAGACAAGAGAAGCUAGUGCUAGGCAUGUCCUAA